GGAGUUAAAGCCAUCAGUCGAUUCUUGGUUGGCAUUCGAGGCACAUCGCUUUUCCGGUUUAUACACAAUUUUAUCAGUGUGUGGCCUAAUAGUGUUGGAGUGAUAAGUUAUUUUCCCCAUCCUCGCAUUGAUUCUCCGUCACUACACCCCAUUUUGCUGCUCAAUUAUGUGGAGGACACAUUAGACAAAUUCAAAAAAAAAAGUACGAAACUUUGUGGUUGAUGAAAAAUCAUCACGAUGAUGGUAUCUUCAGUGAUAUAAAUAAUAACGAGAAUAGGGUGACAUGGUGAUAAAUCCCCGCAAUGUGACAGACACCGUGACAGUGUUGAGGGGUUGAAUAAUUCCAAAAAGUUAAUGUGCGUCGUAGAAUAUGUUAAUAAAAUGGCAGUUGGUGAAACCUACUGGUCAUUGGGGUGUGUGUAAAUCUCUGUGAAAGUGGGAUUGUUUGACGAUGACCUAAAUAAACGGACCCGAUUGUACAAAGUUGAGCCGCAAAGACGCCACCCAACUACACACGGUAUUGCAAAAUAGAUACAUACUAUAUAGAUUUAAUACCCAAGGCAGGAAGCAUUGCAGGAGGUAACAAUCCUGAUAAUUUCCCAUCGACUUGGUGCAGACUUGACGCCAUUUGGGGUUUGGGGUGUAUUGCGAGUGGUUUUACCGUAUCCAGUGUACCAUAUAUAGACAAACUCAUCCAGCCACAAUGGACUUACUGGACGCAACGCAAUCGUUAAAUGAUACCCACAACAGCACGUGGGUGGGUGACGUCCUGCUGACGCCAACAAGUGGUUCCAUCGCGGACAACACCACUGAACCCUUCUCACUAAAUGCCACGCAGACCGACAUCAUCAACAACGAACUCGUCCAGGCCACCUUCUGUCUCCUCUAUACCAUCAUUUUCAUCCUGGGUGUCGUUGGGAAUAUUCUGGUGUGCUAUGUGGUUUUCCGCAACAAAGCUAUGCAGACAGUCACAAACUUCUUCAUCACGAAUCUUGCACUAUCGGACAUUUUGCUAUGCGUCUUAGCCGUACCAUUUACGCCACUAUAUACCUUUCUGAGGCGGUGGGUGUUUGGUGUUGCCCUGUGCCAUCUGGUUCCCUUUGCACAGGGAUGUAGUGUCUACAUCUCCACACUCACCCUCACUGCUGUGGCGAUAGAUCGCUUCUUCGUUAUCAUGUACCCCUUUCAGCCACGCAUGAAGUUGUCCGUUUGCAUUUGGAUCAUCGUGACGAUUUGGUUGUUUUCCAUCCUUGGCACAAUGCCCUAUGGGAUCUUUAUGCGAAUCUCCAUGGGGAAGGAUGAUCACAACGAGGAUGUGUCACUGUGUGAGGAACAUUGGCCAUCUGAGCAGUGGCGGAAGGUUUAUGGUGCUCUUACGUCUCUCCUCCAAUUUGCAUUCCCACUCGUGAUCAUCACCUUCUGCUACGUUUGCGUAUCGAUAAAGUUGAAUGAUCGUGCCAAAUCGAAACCCGGCAGUAAGACAUCAAAGCGCGAGGAGGCAGAUCGUGAUCGGAAGAAGCGUACCAAUCGUAUGCUAAUCUCAAUGGUUGCAGUAUUUGCCAUCUCAUGGCUUCCCCUAAAUCUCGUCAAUAUCUACAAUGACUUCUACUCCAUGGAGGAGGAGUGGCAAUUUACAACGUUCCUGUUUUUCAUUGCACACAGCAUCGCAAUGUCGUCCACGUGCUACAACCCCUUCCUCUAUGCAUGGCUCAAUGAGAACUUCCGCAAGGAGUUCAAGCAACUCAUGCCGUGCUUCUUUGGUCCCAAUGCCACCCUUGGGGGUGCCAUUGCCACAGCAAGUGUAGUCGAGGGUAGGAACCGUGGUAAAUGGAGACCCGAUCCAAUGCGAAAUUCCCAAUGCAAUGGUGCUAAUAGUGAAGCUAUGCAGGAAACCCUCCUGCCACAGAGGACUACGACACGUGAUGCAAGUAGUUGCGUCAAUCUGUCAACAUCAGGCACAGUUGUCUCGUCGUCGACCACCACAACGGCAGCCUCGUCGUCCACAUCAUCAUCACCACCACCGUAUUCGGCCGUGAGGCACCACGAUAAGACUUUUCUCCUUCCCAGCGGAGUUCUGGAGACGCACUUUGAAGAGAACCCCAUGACAAACAAUAACAACGCAUGAGCUGCAUACCUUCUAAACACUCAGCCGAUUAUCAAAGGGAAGCAUUGGAACGAAUUUACAUGGCUUUUUAUGGGGGAACAAAUUAAAAAAGAAACGCAUUUUGAAGUUUCCCCCAUCUUCAAUGAACAACAAAAUAUCAAAUAGUGUGAGUAUAAUAUAACCCAUAAAUGCAUAGGUAAAUAAACAAAGAUUUUGUUGUAAAAACAUGCCAUAUUUUGUAUUAGAAUAUUAGAAGAAAAAAUUGUAAAUAAAUAAAGGAAAAAUCAAUAAGAAAUUGUUGUGAAAAGGACACUGUUCGAGAGCCCCAAAUAGAAAACUUUAAGUUGAUUUUCUCCAUCGAGUAAAAAAAAAUAUAUAAAUUGUAAUUUAAAGAAACUAAAUUUAAUAUUAAAUUAGGUAUAAUAUUAUAUUUUUUAUAUAUUUCUAAUAAUUUUAAAAGCUACCUUGAGGGAGAAAAUCAAUUAAAAGUAAUGUCCUUUUCACCACGACUUUCUGGCAUUAUAUAGGUAAAAUAUCCGUUUUAUGAAAAUGCAUUGUACGUACAGUCUGCGAGAAGUAAAGACUUUAUGUUGAAUUUUUUGUUUAUUUUUUUUUAGAAAAAUAAAUAAUUUGCACGAAGAAAAUGAGAGAAAAAUACUUCAAAUUAUAAAAAUUAUAUAGUUGUUAAGCAUAUUAGAAACAACAUAUUCCUCUUAAAAGGAUUUAUCAAAGAAUAAAAAGAAUAUGAAAUAUAUGUAUAUGAGAAGUAGAUAUUCAAGAUGUGUGAUAAAAAGAUAAACAAUAAAAAAGAAUAAUUGUUUAAUGAAAAA